CAGACCCACCACAUAGCAACCCAUUGCUGGGCGGACGAUCUUGCACAUGUAAAAUGACUACACAUUUCCAUACCCGACUUGGGUGCAUAAGCUACCGUAUUUUGACGUUAUCAAAGCCGGUAUGUUACGGAACUCCUAGACAUUCAUUUGUUGCUACUGCAAGAUUAUAUCAGCAGCCAAGAAAUUUCAGUUCUAGGCGAACCUCUUCCUUAUUUUCUUGUGGACCAACCAACACCUUUCCAGCAGUAUCAUGUACAGGACGCUCAGCAACUAUAGGGCUUUCUUUGAUAGAAGGCCGGAAGCCGAUCCAAGCUCGUGCUCUACAAAUGGCAGUUCUAUCUCGUUUCUUCUCAACUAGCAACGUCUCCCGCUCGUAUCCAUCUCAGCAAGACCCUUCCGAUGCCCGCUCCCGGUACCGACAAGAAAGAACUUUUGCCAUGCAUACUACAAUGUAUUACACCGCUGCGAUUAUCGUCUUCUUUAUUGGUGCAUCGUACGCGGCUGUUCCCCUCUAUAAGCUCAUUUGCACCCAAACAGGGCUGGACGGCACUCCGCUCACUUCCCCUGGUCACAAGUUUGAGCCGGAAUCUAUGGUUCCUGUUCCAAACUCAAGGAAGGUGAAAAUCAGAUUUGCGUCAUCAGUGUCCGACAGCAUGCGUUGGUCGUUCGUUCCCGUUACCCAGGAAAUCUCCGUUGUUCCGGGAGAAACUGCGUUGGCAUUCUAUACCGCGCACAACCCUACGGACGAGGAUAUUGUCGGUAUAUCCACGUAUUCGGUGGUGCCCGCCAAAGCGGCACAAUACUUCAAUAAAAUACAAUGCUUUUGCUUUGAAGAGCAGAGAUUGGAAGCGAAUGAGGAAGUCGACAUGCCUGUCUUCUUCUACAUUGAUCCCGAAUUCGCAUACGACCCUUGGAUGAAAGACGUGAGAACAAUCACCUUGCAUUACACAUUCUUCAAAAGUAAAAAUCAAUAAAGGCACCAAAUUGACCGCACAUGGAGGCAUGAUGUGACUGUGAGAUAUGGUUCCCCUUAACAUGGUAUCUCCAUGCGAAUUGGCAUCAGGGGACAGACAUAGCAUACACACAAUAUGAUACAACAAGGAGCUUUGUACUUUAUUUAUUGCCAUUACCCAGUUAGUAUCGUGGAGCGAUUUCGUUACAUUCUCGCGCUAUGUGUCCUCCCUGUACUUCUCCAUUAGAAAGAUGUCUGGAAGUAAUGUAUUAUAAAAAACAUACCCUGCCGCAUUUGUAGCACCCGAUUGGCUCUGAUCGCGACGCAGGAGGUUCCCUUGUGUAGCAAUAUGAUCGUGCCUUUCUCCACUG